UGUUAUUACAUCGGAGCAACGAGCGACGCAGCCACCAAGAUCGUCAACGAGGUGUCCAAACCCCUCAGCCACCACGUCCCAGUGGAGAAGAUCUGUGAGAAGCUGAAGAAGAAGGACAGCCAGAUCUGCGAGCUGAGAUACGACAAACAGCUGGACCUGACCUCCGUGGACCUGAAGAAGCUGAAGGUGAAGGACCUGAAGAAGAUCCUGGAGGACUGGGGCGAGUCGUGCAAAGGCUGCGCCGAAAAGUCCGACUUCAUCCGUAAAAUCACGGAGCUCAUGCCCAAAUAUGCUCCUGCAGCCGCCAAGGCACGGACAGAUCUGUGAGGAGAGCGUCCAGAAACAAACUGUGGGCUGGAGACUACACAGGCUGUCCUCCUGAGGAGGAGGAGGAGGAGGAGGAGGAGUUCAUCAGCGGCUCACAUUCAGACACUUCUGCUGUUGAUGCUGUGUUUUUAAAUAAACCUGGAGGAAACCUUUCAUUAUCGUCCAAAUCAAGCUGUAACAGUUCCUCCUGCUGACGGAGCGGCAGGAGGAAGUCCUGCAGGACCUCCACACAUCAUGAAAUCUGUUGUUUUCCUCUGUUCAGUUGGACACGUGUGUCUAACUGUUAAAGUUGGAUGAGUUCAGGAGCUCCACCUCCACCCGGGUCCUGUUUUCACCUGCAGUCGUUGGUCACCUGUCAUCAACCAGAACCUAAACUAUUAAACACGUUUCAUCACUUUCUUUAGGAUUUAUGACUUCUUACAUCUGCUAGAUUAAAACUCCAUUAAAAACAAAUUCUUUCCAACUUCCUGUGAAUGUGAGAGGCUUUUAUUUUGAAAGGUCUCCUGGUUGAAUUGGGUUAAAUGGUCUUGUUUUCUGUUAGAUCUGGGUGAGGAAGCUGCUGCUGAUGUUAAACAUGAAAUCACAUCAGAUUCACUCUAAAACAUCUGAUAAACAUGAUGUAAGUUUACACAAACAGGAAGUGAUGUAAUGCAGCUCUGCUGUACUUCCUGUCUGCUAGCUGCCAAUAGGCAGGAUUUAUUUGAAAAUAAAGGCCUUAAAGGUGACUCUUUCAUGAUCAUCAGGCCUGAUCAGCUGUUUAUCAUCUGGACUAAAAGGGUUUGAAAAGUAAUUUUAUUUAAAAUCAGUUUUAUUUCUAUAAACUAAACGGGGUAGCGGUAAAUGUUUUCGUAUUUAACUGAUGUAAACAAGUACUUUAUGAUUAAAUAUCUGUUGCUGAAGCUGGGAAAUGAAACCUUGAUUUUAAAACUG